AUGAGUCGCCAUAUCCAAGGUGGAAAGGCUAAGCCUCUGAAGGCUCCCAAGUCGGGGAAGCAGGAUGAUGCUGAUACUAUUGCCAUGAAGAAACAGAUGAAUGAGAAGAAGGCUGCUGAGAAAGCUGCCGCUAAGGCGUUGUUGGCAAAGAAAAAGAGUAUCAAAUAA